AUGAAUAUUGUACAUAUUUAUAUCAUUGGCUGUACCUUAAUACAAAAGAGGGCUCCUAUAAAAAUAAGCAUAUGUUCAUAUGAUUCAUAUAAUAAACUUAAAGUUAUUUUAGAAUCUAAUGAUCUAGUAAAAUUAAGCUAUUUUAAAUUUAAUAUCGAUUAUAUCAAAAACAUUUUGAAGGAAAAGGAAAAUCCCAAUUAUUGUCUUUGUCAUGAAUAUCUUGAAGAGUGUGUUAAUACAUAUAAAAACAUGAAUUCAAGCUCUUGUUCUUUUUAUUUUCUAGAAGAUAAUAAUGAUGUAUUAUGUUCAGAAUUAAAAAAAUUUAAUUCUUAUUAUUCAGAUCUUAUUAGUGAUAUAACACUAGGGGAAAAAUUACCAAACAUAGAUACUGGAAUAAGAAAAGUAAAAUUAUUAGAUUGUCAACCUACAUCAGAAUCUGUAUCUGAUGUAAAAACUUUGCCAACAGCUCUUGGCACAAUUGCUGGAGCAUCUUCCAUAUUAGCGUUCAUGGAUAAAUACAAAAAUACUAGGGAGAUAUAA